AUGUUCAACGACACUGAUGAGCCACCGAUGAAGCGUCAGAAGACUGCGUCAGCCGAACAGUCUCCUGUUGACAGCACUAUAUCAAGAUCUCCAAAGGCCUCUUGUAUGGGAGCCAACAUUGUCGAUGAGAGCAGCCCAAGUACGGGAGCUAGCCGCCUUACAGCACAGUCGCCAUCUCCCGUCGACAGUCACUCAACCUCGACGGCAGCCGCAUUGUCGACAGACCUACCAACCACGGCAUCGACACACGAUGAGUGCACAGAGCCUUCAAGCUUAUGUAAAGACUCCCCUCGACCCACCAAUUUCGCCCAACGUAUCUCUAAAGCCAGUCGAACAUGGACGCCACCAGCAGCAGCGUCCGGUCGACGACUUCCACCGAUCUCGAACUUCGCCCUGUUGAUGCAAACAGUCCCAAAGUCAUCAAAAGCAGUCAAUGAGAAGAUGAUAUACUGCAUCUGCAAAACCAAGUCCAGUACCAUCAAUUUGGCGAAGUGCAUCCAGUGCUGCAACAUCAACUGCGGCAAAUGGUUCCACCUCAAGUGCGUCGAUCUACCGGAGUUUCCACAAGGCCGUUAUGGCUGGUCGUGCGAAGAGUGCGACCCUGACGACAAGCAUAACGGUUUAUUCGUUGAGGGCGGCCGUGUGGAUUAUCAUGGUGAGGACUACGAUGGGAGACAGCCGUAUUCGCUGUCGUUGCAACGGAGUUUGCGGAAGGGGGGUGUUAGCAAAGACAGCCGCAAACGAAAGGGGACUCUGCCGUCGUUGGAAUGGCGGCGGGCCAAGACGGAAUCUCGAUGUUGA